AUGAAGGCAGAUGAGAGGGCGAACAAGAAUCCACCAUCUAGCUGUUGGCUUACUGCACCACCUGAUUUAGCUCUAGCUGGUUCAGGUCCAGAUCCAAAGCAACGCUGUGCUGUCACAGUCGGUUCUUCAAACGAUGAAAAUGAAGAAUUUAGUUUCCACAUAGCUCGCUAUAGACCCGAAGAACUCCAUAAAUUAGCCUCGAAAACGAAAUUUACACGAAAAGAGAUUCAGUUAAUGUAUAGAGGGUUUAAACAGGAAUGUCCAACUGGAAUGGUUGAUGAAGAAUCAUUUAAACAGAUAUUUUCCCAGUUUUUUCCUUUAGGCGAUGCAACGAAUUAUGCACACUACGUGUUUAACACAAUGAAACAGAAGCAAACAGGAAAAAUAAGUUUUGAGGAUUUUCUCAACAUACUGUCUAAAGUUUCCAGAGGCAGCGUCAAUGAAAAAAUUCAGUGGGUAUUCAAUUUAUACGAUCUGAACGGAGACGGUCUCAUCAGUAAAAAUGAAAUGGUUGACGUAGUAUCCAGUAUAUAUGAAAUGUUAGGUAGGGCAACGCAACCUGCUGUAGAAGAUUCUUCCGCCAAAGAACAUGUAGAAAAAAUUUUUAAUAUGAUUGACACCAACAAAGAUGGAGUCAUAACGAUAGACGAAUUAAUACAGUGGUGUUCCAGGGACGAAAAUUUUCUUAGAUCUCUUGAAACAUUGGACACUGUAUUGUGAUUUUUAAAACUUUGAUCAUUCUAUUAUUUACU